AUGGCGCCUGCAGGAGACAGUCUCGCCGAGCCCAUCGCCGUGGCCGGCCUUCGCGCCGAGAUCAUGGACGAGAAACGUGCCUCUAUGACCGCUGAGAGAAAGGGCUCUAUUGCCACCGUUCCUCGCCCAGAGACUGCUGAUGCUACUGCUGUCGCGCCCACUGGCGGCGUUACAGCAGAUGGACAGUUCCCUAACGCUGAAGAGAUGGGAACCUUGCGACGAGUCCCGAAUAAGAUCCCUCUCAAGCUCUUCAGUAUCGCCUUCAUCGAGUUGUGUGAACGCUUCAGUUACUAUGGUUGCACAGUUGUUUUCACCAAUUUCAUCCAACAGCCUCUCCCUGAGGGUUCAACCACUGGCGCGGACGACAACCAGCCUGGUGCCCUCGGCAUGGGCCAGCGAGCCUCGACCGGAAUUACCACAUUCAACCAGUUCUGGCAAUAUUUUAUGCCUCUUCUCGGUGCCUACCUUGCUGAUCAGUACUGGGGUCGUUACAAAACCAUUAGUUACGCUUUGGUUGUCGACAUCAUCGGCCAUAUCAUUCUGAUCAUCUCGGCCAUUCCCCCUGUCAUCACCAACUCAGGAGGCGCUCUAGGCUCCAUGAUCAUUGCUAUUAUUGUUAUUGGCUUUGGUACUGGUGGUUUCAAGCCCAAUGUUAACCCUCUUAUCGUUGAGCAGCUUGGUGAGCAGUAUAUGCACGUCAAAACCCUCAAGUCCGGCGAGCGAGUCAUUGUCGACCCUGCGGUCACCAUUGAACGCGUUUAUCUAUGGUUUUAUUUUUGUAUUAAUAUCGGGGCUUUGGCCGGUCAAGUAUCAAUGGUGUUUGCAGAGAAAUACGUUGGUUUCUGGCUGUCUUACACGCUUCCUACGAUCAUGCUUUGCCUCUGCCCGAUUAUCAUGUUCCUCAACCGCAACAAGUACGAACGACGGGAGCCAGGAGGCUCAGUACUUGGACCCGCUUUAAAAACAUGGUUUCUUGCUCAGAAAGGACGAUGGAGUUUAAACCCUUUCGAAACUUGGCGCCGCAUGCAUUCUGGUGACUUCUGGGACAAUGUGAAGCCAUCGCGCUUCAGCGACGAGACCAGGCCGAAAUGGAUGACAUUCGAUGACGCAUGGGUUGAUGAACUUCGCCGUGGAUUCAGUGCCUGUGCUGUCUUUUGCUGGUACCCUAUCUUUUGGCUUUGUUACAACCAGAUUAACAACAACCUGAUUUCACAGGCUGCCCUCAUGCAACGUCACGGUGUCCCCAAUGACAUUCUCUCCAACCUCAACCCCUUCGCCCUGUUGAUCUUCAUCGCUGUCAACGACAGAUUCAUCUACCCUGCUAUGCGAAAGGCCGGCAUUCGUUUCACUCCCAUCAAGAAGAUCACAGCUGGUUUCUUCACCGGAGCCGCCGCCAUGAUCUGGGCUGCUGUUGUCCAGCACUACAUCUACCAAGAGUCAGACUGCGGCAUGUACGCAUCUGGCGAGGAUUGCCCAGAGGCUCCUAUCAACGUCUGGGCUCAGACUGGUGCCUAUGUUCUUAUUGCUCUCUCUGAAGUCUUUGCCUCUAUUACUUCUCUUGAGUACGCCUUCUCCAAGGCCCCCAAGAACAUGCGAUCCAUGGUCCAGGCUGUUGCUCUUUUCAUGACUUCUUUCUCAGCUGCUCUUGGACAGGCUCUUGUUGGACUCGCUGCUGAUCCUCUUCUUGUGUGGAACUACGCCGUGGUUGCUAUCCUCGCUGUCAUUGCUGGUACCUGCUUCUGGUUCCAGUUCAAGGACUUGGAUAUCCACGAAGAUGACCUCAACGCUCUUCCUGAGGGUCAUGCUGGUGCUACCAUUGACGAGGAGUCUCCCUACGGAAACAAGAGAAUUGACGAAUAA